GUUGGCUAUCAAAAUGGUAAUUUCUUUGUGAAUCCGCCAACUUCCUUCCCCCAUAUAUAGCAAAUAAUCUUCAUCUCCCAAUCCCCAAAUCAAAACUACUCAAUCUCUCUUCACCAAAUUCAUACACAUUCACUCCAAUUUAAUCUCAUCUCAUAUCAUCAUCAAAUACUCUCUUUCGUUCCAUGGCCGACAGACAGCCCUAUUUGAACGGCAACUUCUACGGCCCCGCCGUGCCUCCUCCGACCAAGACACACCGUGGCCGCCGCAUCCUAUGCACCAUUCUGAAAGUGGUAAUUGGGUUGAUUGUAGUGGUUGGUAUUCUAUUUUUGAUAUUAGGACUUGUAUACCGUCCAGAGAAGCUGGAGUUCGAUGUGAGCAGCGCUAAACUCACCGAAUUCAACAUGACUGCCAAUCAGCUCUUUUACAAAUUAGCUUUUAACGUUACCAUCAGAAACCCCAACAAACGCUACCGAGUUUACUAUGACACCAACGAAAUGGCUAUUCUUUAUAAAAACCAAAGGCUUAGAACUUACUGGCUGCCUGAGUUCUUCCAAGAUACCAAGACCACCGCCGUCCUCAGCCCCGAUGACAUCAUAGGUCAGCGGCAGAUGUUUCUCACCCACGAUGAAAUUGUUGAGUAUAACGCUGAGAAAGCUGCCGCCUUGUACUCGAUUGAUGUGAAAUUCUUUUUCCGGUUAAGGAUGAAGUCCGGCGAGGUGGUCUUGAAAUUAAGGCCGAAAGUGUACUGUGGAUUGAAAGUUCCAUUGAGUAACGGUCCUAACUCUGUCUUUUUCUUUCCCAACACUGCCUGCGAUUUCAGUUUCUGAUUCAUUCGGUUAAUUAAUUAAGGGUUAA